AUGCGUUUCGCUGCCAUUAUCGUGAGCCUCGCAGCGUCUGUAACAGCGUCGGCCGUCUUGCCCGUACCGUCCACUCCGCCUCUUCCUGUGGAAGAGGUCCGCUGGCAGGGCGUUGUCGUUCCCGGAAAAGCCGAGGUCGAGGUUUGGGGUGCCAGCUUCGAGGACAUUGAAGCCCAGAUUCGUGAACAGUAUAACCCCAACUUCUCUAUUUACACCGAGGAGAUGCAGGACUCUCCCGGCAGUUGGUAG